UCAUUCCCUCUCUCUCUCUCUCUCUCUCUCUCUCUCCACGGUGACAUUCCGAUUCUUAAACCUCUCCCCCACCGACGACGCCGACGAUGCAGAGGUGGCAUGCGAUCGAUCGUUCAGGUUCUAAUUCAGUGUCUGUUUCCUCUUCUCCUGUUGAAUGCUGUAACCUCAAUGUAAAGGACGCCAUUUCUUAUCCUCAUAUUUGCCUUUGUCAAAUCCUUGGCAUUCAAGUUUGAGGUUAAAAGCAGGAACAUCUUAGCAACUGGAUUGCUAUCCUGUGAUGAUCAAUUUCCAUAUACAAUAAAUUAUUUCUUCAAAAAUGGUGUUUGGUAGAAUAGCAGAUACAUUUUCUGCCAUGACAAGCCAUUUUUUGACCUCCAAGACUUCUGCUGUUUCGUAUAUGUCGACAGGAUCGUCACCACCUCCAGCAGAAACCAUUGAUCAUGGUUAUGGUUUUGCCAACUCUGGCUACAAAAAUAAUUUGCGUCUUUCUUCAUCUCUCCAAGAUUUCUCAUCAUACCGACGACUUGAUCUUGAAGAAGGUGAUUAUAACAUUGGGAUUGAUAGAAAGCCUUAUCGCUUACAAAGAGAAAAUGCUGGGUCAAGCUUUUCAAAGGAGAAAGCAUUGCCUGGUGGAACCCCAAUUUUACGUAGGAAGUGGGUGCGAUUCCUCUUGAUUCUUUUGUGCCUGCUAUUGCUUGGUUUCCUAACUUAUCUGAUUACAUCAUAUAUUCUUUCUUAUUGGUCUCAAGGAACUUCCAAGUUCUAUGUUGUUCUUGAUUGUGGAAGUACUGGAACUCGAGCUUAUGUAUAUCAGUCGUCAAUUGACCACAAUAGAGAUAGAAGUCUUCCUAUUUCUAUCAAAUCAUUAACGGAAGGUCUUUCUAGAAAGUCAAUUGGACGUGCAUAUGACCGAAUGGAAACUGAGCCUGGACUUCAUUUAUUGGUACAUAAUACAUCUGGCUUAAAGGCCGCAAUAAAUCCACUUGUUCAGUGGGCUGAGAAGCAAAUCCCUAAGCGUUCUCAUAAGACUACAUCCCUUUUCCUUUAUGCUACAGCUGGGGUUCGCAGGCUGCCAAGUACCGAUUCAAAAUGGCUUCUAGACAAGGCAUGGUCCAUACUGAAGGAAUCGCCCUUCUUGUGCCAGAGAGCGUGGGUCAAGGUUAUCAGUGGAAUGGAUGAAGCUUACUAUGGAUGGAUUGCCCUUAACUAUCAAACGGGUAUGUUGGGGAACAGCCCCAAGAAAGCAACAUUUGGUGCACUUGACAUGGGUGGCUCAUCAUUACAGGUGACAUUUGAGAGCAAGAAACCCGGGCAUAAUGUGACUGACUUAAACCUUAGGAUUGGAGCUGCUAAUCAUCACCUCACUGCCUAUUCUCUUGCAGGCUAUGGUUUAAAUGAUGCAUUUGACAGGUCUGUUGUCCAUAUCUUGAGAGGGCUUCCUAGUGCAGAUCUAGUAAGGGGGAACAUAGAAAUUAAACACCCUUGCCUGCAAACUGGCUAUAAGGAGCAAUACAUCUGUUCUCAGUGUGCUUCUAAUCAACAAAAUAGUGUGAGCCCUGUUGUUUUAGGAAGAAAUUCAGGUAAGGGAGUCACGUCAGGAGUUCCCGUCCAGCUUAUUGGUGCCCCAAAUUGGGAAGAAUGUCGUGCACUAGCCAAAGUUGCCAUCAAUUUGUCUGAAUGGUCUAAUCAAAGUGCAGCAAUUGAUUGUGAUGUGCAACCUUGUGCUCUACCUGAUAUUUUUCCACGUCCUUAUGGUCGAUACUAUGGAAUGUCUGGCUUUUUUGUGGUUUAUCGGUUUUUUAACCUGACUUCAGAAGCUGCACUUGAAGAUGUUUUGGAGAAGGGUCGUGAAUUUUGUGAGAAGACCUGGGAAGUUGCAAGGAAAAGUGUUCCUCCACAGCCAUUUAUUGAACAAUACUGCUUUAGGGCACCAUACACAGUGUUAUUGUUGAGAGAGGGUUUACAUAUCACAGAUGACCACAUUAUUAUUGGUUCUGGAAGUAUUACUUGGACACUUGGUGUUGCUCUUUUUGAAGCUGGGAAGGCAUUUUCACCUAGACUGAGACUUCCUACUUAUCAAAUACUUCAAAUGAAGAUACAUCCGAUAUUUCUUAUUGCCAUUCUGAUUAUUUCAUUGAUUUUGCUGGUUUGUGCAAUAUCGUGUCUUGGCAAUGGGAUGCCAAGAGUUUUUCAAACACCAUAUCUUCCACUUUUCAGGCAUAACAGUGCAUCUGCUACAGCAGUACUUAGUAUCCCUUCACCAUUCCGGUUCCAACGAUGGAGUCCUAUUAAUUCUGGGGAUGGAAGAGCAAAGAUGCCACUUAGUCCAACAGUUACUGGGAGCCAACAAAGAUCAUUUGGGUUGGGACAUGGUCUGGGCAGUAGUGGCAUCCAGCUUAUAGAGUCAUCAUUAUACCCAUCAACUAGUGGUGUAUCACAUAGUUAUUCCUCAAGUAGCUUAGGGCAGAUGAUUGACAGUAAUGGCAUGGGUUCGUUCUGGUCUCCUCACAGAAGUCAGAUGCGCCUUCAGAGCAGGAGAUCACAAUCUCGAGAAGACCUUAGUUCUUCUUUGGUCGACGCGCACAUGGUGAAGGUUUAAGGAAUAGACUUCCUGAAGUUAUGGACGGUGUCUUCAAGAAAAGAGCCUAAACUUGUCAUGUACUUGGAAAAAUCUACUUCUGGUGACAGCAAUUAAGAGAGAGAUUUCCGAAGAUGAGAAUUCAUAUACAGGGGAGGCCAAAUUUCUUAUUUUCUAACUUGCACCAGCUUGCUGAUCUCUGUGGUUGAUAGGUAGAUAAAGGAAAUUUAUCUGCAUGGGUGUUUCUGGUGUGUCCAGUUUUGGUUUUGGUAUCUCAUACCAUAAAAGUAUCAUUAAAGAAAUCAAAAUGCACGUUAUCUUUUUCUUGAUCUUAAUGUAUUACCAUUACACGUAUCAUAGAUAUGUUCCCAGUAUUACAGGUUUAUGCCAUUGUGGGUUUAAUUAUUAGCUGGUCUCGUCAUUGAUUUUAACAGAGUAUGCUCAGCAGGGAUUUCAGCACUUUGUCAAUUGGGUUGCUUUGCAAAUUUUUACCUAGCUUAAACAAGCUUCUCUUAUAAAGAUCCCAACCCAUGGUUCCUCCCUCCUUCACUGGUUUAGAAAUUGAUCUGUGUCCUGGCGUUCUUUAUGAGACAAUAGUUUGAUGCCCUUACGCCAUGAGGUAUUGUUCCCAGAUUUUUAUCUUUAUUUUUAUUUUCCCUUUGGGUAUCACUUUGUUGCAUUGCAAAUGGUUAGAGAACUGAUUGAAAAUAUGGGUUUCAUGGAAGUUUAUCGUUCCAUACUCUUCACUCUUAUACAUGCCAUACUUAUUGCAUCUUGGAAGUUUUAAGAUUUGAACCAUUGUAUUUGCACACUGCCAUCAGGAGAGAACACAAUGGUUGUUUUG